AUGUUUGCCAGAGGAAAGGAAGAGGACGUUUGCAAAUCCAUGGAUAUCAGGAACAGCGCUGAGAAAUUUGCCAAGCUUGAGAACUGCACCGUGAUUGAAGGCUACCUCCAGAUAGUACUCAUAGACCAUGCAACGCCCAGCGACUAUGCCGGCCUGAGCUUCCCCAAGCUACGGGAGAUCACGGAAUACUUUGUGAUGUUCCGGGUCAAGAACCUCCAGACCCUGCGCCAUAUCUUCCCCAACCUCGCCGUGAUCCGAGGAGACAGCCUCUUCUUCAACUAUGCCCUCAUCAUCUUCGAGAUGUUCGAGCUGCAGGAGAUUGGUCUCCCGAGUCUCCAGGCUGUGAUGAGAGGCUCGGUGAGGAUAGAGAAGAACAUCAAUCUCUGCUACCUCUCGACGGUCGACUGGUCUUUGGUCCAGUUCCAAGGGAUGGAGAACAACUUCAUCAAAGGGAACAAGGACCAAGAGGAGUGCUUUAACUUCUGUCCAGAGGAUGAUGGCAAGCGUCUCUGCCGGAAGCUCACAUCUUCUGGGGAUGUCGCUGAGCUCUGUUGGACCAAUGAACACUGCCAGAAAGGUAAGCCAGUUUCAAAGCUCUUCUUUUCCUGAAACGAUUCAAACAAAAGAGAUAUCUAACCUACCAAGCAAGCAAGGAAUCAAAAAUUGUGGUUUCUUGGUUGAUUCCUUCCGUACUUGGUAUGCAUAAUUUGUUGUUAUUGUUUGAGAGCCUGUGACCACUUUCCUUUCUAAUUCUGGAAGGGGCUUAAUAUGUGUUUUAGGCUCCUUGCAUUCUGAUCAUAGUAGUACAAGUCAGCCUG